AAGUUCGAUACCUCUCUGCAACUGAGAGGCCUUAUUCGUCCAGGAGUCGAUGCUACCCCUGCUGAGCGGGAGAGGUUUGGAGCCAAGGCAGCGGGUAUUCUCAAGUCAGCCCUCAAGGGUAGGGCAGCAGUCGUGGCGUACCCACUCCCCCAAGAAAAACAGGACAACUUUGACCUCCUCGUGGCCGAGUUGAGAUUGGCCUUCGGCUUGGAUAGUCUCACGGCGUGGGCGGCGUUCUGCUCGAGAAGAAUGGGAGAAACGGAACCUAUUGAUGGUUAUGUUGCUUACCUUCGGGUACUAUUGGACAUAAGUCACCCUCGUCUAGGACAAGGGGCUAAGAGCGAGAUUCUACGCAGUCAGUUCGUCUGGGGUCUCCCUCAAGGAACUGCCAAAGCUUUAGUCCUAGCUAAGUAUGAGGACGGUACUGUGCCGUUGGAAUCCCUCGUUAUUCUUGCCAAGGACCAUCUCAAAGCUGCGCGCUUCGAGGGGUCGAAGAGCAUCGAGAUAGCCGCUGCAGCUAUGCGUAUGCGUGCAGACCAAGGCAAGGGCAAGAGAGGGUGGCAUAGGUCUCCUGGCAAGGGCAAAGGUAUGGCAAGGGAGGCGGACUAUACGG